AUGCAUAAGACGGUAUUAUCGAUGAGGUCUCGCUCCUGCAGCGGUCAUAGAAAAAGAAAGAGGCAGGAAGAAGGAAUGAUCACGUGCGAUAAGACUGGAGUCAAUUAUAUGGACAACUUUGACAUCGAACCGUUGAUUUUCUUCGUCGUUUACUUACAACCGUCGAAAUUAAGGCUUAGGAGAUCAAGUGACGGUUUUGUCCUCGUUCAGUUAAGUCCCGUUACCGCAACGAGGAGGGCGUUUCGGGGUUUUGCGUGUGGGGUUGGUCACGUAGGAAAUGACUUUGAUAACGUGAGUGAAGUAGUGCAUUGCGUGACCUGGCGUGAUUGGGAGGGACAAGGUGAGAGGGACACGUGUCGUGUUGUUGUGAGCAGGAGAUACACGCGGCAUGCGGAUAAGGGUGUGGUUUCGUGGAUUUUGUGUAUGACCGGGGGUGGUGGCCAGAACGGAUAUAGCUGGCGGUUACAACAGGGUUGCGAAGGUGUCCCACCUUAG